CUCGUGACUCGUUUUCGACCGCUUAUCCGCUAUUUACCCAUCCAGAUAAUAGACAGCCCCAAUAAAUAAAAGAAAUGUGAAACCUCUCUCUCUGUCUCUCUCUUACCUAUCUCUUUCUUUCUCUCUCCCUCACUACAGUUCCAAGGCCCUUUUAGACAGCGACGGAAACUGCUUCGGAGCGGAUUUUAAUUCCACUGAAAGCGAUUUGAGUGCUCCAAUGCGUAUCUGUAGCUCUGAAGACUGAGUUCGAGUUGUCAGAAAAUGGGUUUGCUCUGAUUCGACUGUGAGAGCAGAAAGUGUGAGUCUUUCUUUGGGGGGGUAAGGAGAAGAAGGAGAUGGAGAAAGAAGAGUUUGUCUUGCUACAGCUGAAGAUUUAUAGUUGGUGUAGUAGCUGGAAGUGAAGAAAUUUGUACGGACAAUUAGGGCUAUUUGCUAAUUUCAGUUUAGUUUUAAUUUGGUGUGUAAAACAUGAAUCUUUCAUCAUCUGGGUUUGGUCAUCAGAGUCAUGAAGGAGAGAAGAAGUGUUUGAACUCUGAGCUAUGGCAUGCUUGUGCUGGACCAUUGGUCUCUCUUCCAUCAUCUGGUAGCCGUGUUGUCUAUUUUCCUCAAGGUCACAGUGAACAGGUUGCUGCUACGACUAAUAAGGAAGUUGAAGGUCACAUACCCAAUUACCCAACUCUACCACCACAACUAAUUUGUCAGCUCCAUAAUGUUACUAUGCAUGCAGACUUGGAGACGGAUGAGGUGUAUGCUCAAAUGGUACUUCAACCAUUGACACAGGAGGAGCAGAAGGAUACGUUUGUACCGAUUGAGUUGGGAGUCCCGAGCAAGCAACCUAGCAAUUACUUCUGCAAGACGCUGACGGCUAGUGAUACUAGCACACACGGAGGGUUUUCUGUUCCUAGGCGCGCUGCUGAGAAGGUCUUUCCUCCAUUGGAUUACACACAGCAGCCACCAGCACAAGAGUUGAUUGCAAAGGAUCUCCAUGACAAUGAGUGGAAGUUUAGGCAUAUCUUUCGUGGACAGCCCAAAAGGCAUCUGCUUACUACUGGAUGGAGUGUCUUUGUCAGUGCCAAGCGACUCGUAACUGGAGAUUCUGUCAUAUUCAUCAGGAAUGAAAGGAAUCAACUACUUUUGGGAAUACGUCAUGCCACUCGGCCACAGACUAUUGUACCAUCGUCUAUGUUGUCUAGUGAUAGCAUGCAUAUUGGACUCCUCGCUGCAGCUGCUCAUGCGGCUGCUACUAAUAGCUGUUUUACAGUUUUUUAUCAUCCAAGGUCUAGCUCAUCUGAGUUUGUGCUACCACUUCCCAAGUACAUUAAAGCUGUUUUUCACACGCGUAUUUCAGUCGGCAUGCGCUUUCGUAUGCUCUUUGAGACAGAAGAGUCUAGUGUUCGAAGGUACAUGGGUACUAUAACUGGCAUCGGUGAUUUGGAUUCUGUUCUUUGGCCGAACUCUCAUUGGCGGUCUGUGAAGGUUGGUUGGGAUGAGUCGACCGCUGGAGAAAGACAGGCAAGGGCUUCUUUAUGGGAGAUUGAACCUCUUACCACUUUUCCCAUGUAUCCAUCACUCUUUCCUCUCAGGCUAAAGCGCCCUUGGCAUCCCGGUGCUUCCUCAUUUCAAGAUAGCAGAGGUGACCUAACAUGGCUUAGGGGUGGAGCUGGAGAGAACGGAUUGCUUCCCUUAAACUAUCCGUCUCCUAAUGUAUUCCCAUGGAUGCAACAGAGGCUCGAUCUCAGUCUACUAGGAACCGAUCAGAAUCAGCAAUACCAAGCAAUGCUGGCAGCCGGUUUGCAAAACUUCGGAGGUGGAGGUGGUGAUCCUCUGAGACAGCAGUUUGUCCAUCUCCAAGAGCCAAACCACCAAUAUCUUCAACAACAAUCAGCUCCCAUCAUCCACAGUUCAGAUUUGCAGCAACAUCACCAACAGCAGCAAAUGCCACGUCAUCUUCUGCAGGCUCAGCCGCAGAUUCUGACUGAGAACCUUCCUCAGCAGAAUAUGCGACAAGAAGUUAGUAACCAGGCACAACAACCUGACCGUGUGUGGCAGCAUUCUGAUUUGCUUUCACCUUCAGAUUUUACCAACAAAUUCACAUCAGCAGCUACUAAUCCUCAAGUACAGCAACAAAACUUGACCCUUCAAGGCUCUGGAGAUAGUAGUAGCCACCUGUUGAAUUUCUCUAUAACUGGUCAGUCUGAGCAGUUACCUACACAUGAUUGGUCUCUAAAACACUCUCAUCAUCCUGAAACCAACUAUUUUUCUGAGCCAUUGUCGCUUGGACAAGGCUACGGUAGAGCAAGUCCAUCUCUGGAACCUCCUCCAAGUACCCAAAACCUCUCUCUUUUUGGUGUUGAUUCGGAUUCUGGACUUUUCCUCCCAACCACGGUUCCUCGGUUUGGUGAUACCUCCUCGAUGCCACUGGCAGAUUCUGGAUUUCAGAACACUUUGCAAGAAACUACAGAGGUAGCAGCACAUGGGGGGGUUGAACACACAAAUAACUUUGUUAAGGUGUAUAAAUCUGGAUCGGUGGGGAGGUCACUGGACAUAUCACGGUUCAGCAGCUAUAACGAGCUGAGAGAAGAGUUGGGUAGAAUGUUUGACAUCAAAGGGUUGUUGGAAGACGCCUUUAGAUCAGGCUGGCAGCUUGUAUUCGUGGACAAGGAGGAUGAUAUUCUUCUUCUCGGCGAUGAUCCUUGGGAGUCAUUUGUGAACAGCGUUUGGUAUAUAAAGAUACUGUCGCCAGAUGAUGUGCACAAAAUGGGUGAACAUGGGGAAGGAUCCUCCUUCCCACAGAACCUCACCCAUUUCUGAUUAGAUCUAUCUCUUUGGGCAUAGUUCUCAUCAUCACAAUGUUUCCCUUGCUUUUAUCUGUUUGAAUGUCUGUAUGAACCGUAUCAUUUCGCAAGUUGAGUCUUAGAAACUUAAAAGACACUUGGUCUGGACGCACUGUCUUAAAAACAUAUGUUUCUUUGGUAGCAACAUUAACUCGUCUUGCUGUAAUAAUUAGACUCUUCUGUUAUUGUAAUCCCCCCUGUGCUAGUCUUUAUCAAGCUUUAUAAACAUAAUUUAGUCAAUA